AACACACUCAGAACACACUUGACACUAGACUUGCUAAAGAUUUAGAAUCAGAAAUGCUUUAAUAAUCUAAGGGAGUUAUUUUUUUGAUAUUUUGUUAGACAUUUCAUACAAACAACAUACUGUAUAUUCAGAACAAAAAUAUAAACAACUAUGUACAUAUAUAAAUGCAAUCAACAACAACUGACCAAAUAAUAUAUGACCAACUAUAUCUCUCAUUUAAAAGAACCAGAAGUGCUCUUUCUGCUCUCCUUACAAGAGACAAACUGCUCAGCAACCUUUUUUCUGUUUCCCCUGUCCAGCUUGUCUUUAUGUACACGGCACACAGCAACACUGCUGAGGCGAGUUUGGAUUAAAAACCCAGAGGAGCUUUUAAGAUGGCCAGCGCUCAAAGACCUGUGACUAACAUAGGAGCUGGCUACACCAUCGUAACUCAGGUUAUUCCCUCAUCAACUGCUCAGAGGACAACAGAACAAAACUGCCCUCAGUCACUUAGCCCACUGCAGACAUUCCUGAAAGGAGAACCCAAAGCACUGGGAGCCGUCCAAAUAAUCAAUGGUUUAUGGAUGCUCUUGAUUAGUCUUGUGGAAAUGCACCACUACGGUGGGUGGUUUGGACAUGUUAUCUGGAGCUCAGUCAUUCACAUCAUUUCUGGUUCUCUAACUGUAUUAGCGAGCAAAUCGCUUGGUCCGUGUGCGGUGAGGGGUGCUAUGGCACUGAAUAUUCUAAGUGCAAUAAGUACAGCAAACUGUAUCGCGUCAAUUUCUCUGAAAAUAAUGUACAGUUGGAGCUACCUUACAGAAAUUCCUGGCAUUCUGCUGGUUUUCUCUCUGCUCCAGUUUGCUAUUGCUAUCAGCGUCACAGUCUUUGCCUGUAAAGCCAGGCGCUCAAAUCAGCCUAUUCUAAAUGUUCUCCCAAUGGUUCCAAAUCCUGAGGGAUAUGUUUCCGUGAACAAUUCCUUACCAGCUCAUCACGCUUAUCCGGGGAUCAACGCAAGCAAUGCUGUUAGCAUGAGCAGCACGCCUGUAGAAAGUCCUCCACCAUACAGUUCAUUGAGAUGAAAAAAGAUUCAGAGGAGAGUCAUUUGUUCAUGUAAUUUUGGAAAUUUAGCACUCCGUUCUACUGGCACAUUAUUACAUCAUAAUAAAAACAGACCACAGCACUGAUGCAAUCUGGAUUCUGAUUGGUCAGCAAGUUUUGAGUAAUUUUAUAUCCAUCCAUCUGUUGAAUCCAGCAUUAAUUGAUGGAUAGCUGAAACAACCUGGGACUUCAUGAAAGUAGUCUUUGCUGUAGGAGAGUUAUUUUACUGGGGGCCCCAAACCUCUGGCAACAAACAGGAAAAGAACACACACACACUGUAUUGUACAGUCAUUGUACUUUAUAUAUAUUGAAUAUAUGAAUGUGUGUAUAUGAAUGUAUAAAUGUAUAUAUAUAUAUAUAUAUAAAGUAACAUUUUCAAUAUUAUAUAUUACACACAGUAUGUACUGUAUAUACAGACGGGUACAUUUUGGAUUGCGAGCAUAAUGUGUCUCGGAAGUUUGCUGGUAUAUUGAAGUACAAAAAUCAAACAAAUUAACCUUCAUUUUACCUUUGACAAAAUCAUGGCUGGUGUAAGAUUAGAGAAGAUGGAGGAGGGUGUUACUGGACUUUAACAAGGAAUCUCUCUAAUGACAUUCUUCUUCUUCCUGUUGAGGACUUUGCGGAAAUGCGACGUUGCACCGUCAUUAAGCAUUCAUCUCCCGCAAUACUACAGCCUUUUUAACUUUUUUCUUCACGGAGGCUGUUGUUGCAGUACAGUUACUAUACAACAGUCACUACACUUAGAUGCUAAAAAAUGCUUUAUGCACAUACACACGUGGUCACACUGUUCUAGUAAACAGUAUACGUGCACGGAUGUUGACUAUAUUUGUGACGCAUACGCACUGAGACCGAACAUGGAAGGCGAUUACCAACAAUCCCACAUCACGAGAGAGAGAAGAACCAUUAGCUCUUUUGUGAUUAUGUUACGCUCAGCGUAUACAUACUACGCUACUCAUGUAUCAAGACCAGGCUUGGUUAUCAAGUAAAAAAUGAUUAAACAUUUUUGCUCACCUGCAGACCAAAUUAAUCGCAAUCCAAGGUUUUACUGUAUUUUAUAUUAAAGUAUAAACUAUAUUUUCCAUGGUAUAACUAAGGCUAAUAACCUCAUGCAAAAUUCACCAUGUGCUAGAAUUAAUGGCUAAUAAACAACUAGAGAGCUACAUUUUCUGAAGACAAUGUGAGCGGUGCUUGCUGUGGCAAAACUCGGGCCUAGGGCGUUGUCUGACAGCUUCACAAUGAUUCUAAGAAACUGAUUGGUUUUCUGAGUAAAAUGAGCACACUCCCAUGUUAGCAUGUUGCUAGCAGGAUGCUAAUUAUAUUAACAUGUAGUUAGCAACAUAAAAAAGCAUGUUUCUAGCAUGACACUAACAUGAUUAUGUAGUUUAUUCAAAUUAUAUUUUAGAUAUACAGUACAUUAUAUAGCAUGUUCAAAUGUACAUGCAUCAAGUACAUACGCAGCACAUACACAGUAAAACUCUGGCCCUCAUGUGUUUAUAGGCUGGUAUGAAAAGGCAAUGUGUUUAGUGGGGCUAAUGUGUUGGCUAGACUAACAUGGUUCGACUUGUGUAAAAUGACCUAAAAGGUUUAAACUUCUAAUUACGUUCAUAUUU